AUGUCUCCAUACUGCUUAGUUUUUGGUAAAUCCUGUCAUCUUCCAGUUGAGUUGGAACACAGAGCAUAUUGGGCCAUAAAGACAUUUAAUUUUGAUAUGACUCAGGCUGGUUCCAUUCCCCGUCUCCAGCUAUCUGAAUUGGAGGAGUUGUGUAAUGAUGCCUAUGAGAGCUCACGCAUCUAUAAGGACCAAACUAAGGCGUUUCAUGAUAAACACAUAGUUCAAAAGUCCUUUAAGCCUAAUCAGCGUGUUUGGCUCUUUAAUUCUAAAUUACGUUUAUUCCCAGGGAAAUUGAGAUCUUUGUGGGAUGGGCCUUUUGUGGUUGUAUCUGUUGCACCUCAUAGUGAUAUUGAGAUAAGAAAUCCAUAG